AUGGAUACAUCUAGUGAUUUUAAUGAAACUGCAAGAAUUAAAUCAACUGAUAUGCCUGAAUCAAUGCAGAGUAUAGCAGUUGAUUGUUGUGCUGCUGCAUGUGAACGAUUUUCAGAGGAUAGAGAGAUAGCUAAGUAUAUUAAAAAAGAAUUUGAUAAACGUUUCGGUGGUACAUGGCAAUGUGUAGUUGGUAAAAGAUUUGGAUGUUAUGUAUCGCAUAAAGAGAAGAAUUUUAUAUACUUUCAUUUAAAAUUCAACGCUGUACUACUCUAUCAAGCCGUACAACAACAUCAAUCGUCAGCAACAGUAUCCUCAUGA